AUGGCCCAUGGAUGGAAAGACUCCACUCUCAAGGUCUAUGGCUCAGGCCUCCUCCUCUACCAUGUCAUAUGUGAUGCAAAGGACGUCCCAGAAACCCACCGGGCCCUGGCAUCUAUUGCCCUCCUCUGCUCCUUCCUUUCGGCCCUUGCGGGCUCAUACUCUCCCAGCACAGUAGAGAACUACCUCGCUGGCAUUCGGGCCUGGCAUCUCAUCCACGGACUUGAAUGGUCUCACGAUACUGCGCGACUAACGUCGCUUCAGCAUGGCACCAAGAAUCUUGCCCCUCCAUCUGCCAAAAAAACCAAGAGGGCCCCAUACACUGUCACCUAUCUCCUUCAGCUCCGGCCCUACCUAAACCUCUCCGAUUCUGUCCACACUGCUGUCUGGGCAUGUGUGACAGCCUUGUUCUAUGGCAUUGCAUGCGUUGGGGAGCUCACAGUCCCCUCUCUCUCCGGUUUCAAACUGGACAUACAUACGAAAACCUCCACCCAUGGCCAGGAGAUAUACUGGUCCUCAGAACCAAACCCCACAGAUCCUGACGCCGCCCUACGACAUCAUCUGUUGGUCAAAAAACCCUCCCCCAAUGAACAUCUUUUCUCCAACACCUUCAAGAAGGAGCGUCGCCCCCUCUUGCACUCGGUCUUUCUUCGGUACAUUGCACAAGCUGCCGCGCAGGCCGGCCUACCCCCUCUCCAUGGCCACAGCUUUCGCAUUGGGGGCACAUUGGAAUUUCUCCUUCGGGGGCUUCCCUUUGAUACCAUCCAAGUGAAGGGUCGUUGGGUUAGCAACACCUUUCAGGCCUAUCUCCACUGCCAUGCGGAGAUUAUGAUGGUGCACAUUCAGUCAAACAUGGCUGUCCAUUGGGCCUUUGUUCACUACACCUUGCCUCCUGCUUUAUGA